GUCAGUGUGGUGAUAAGUCACGUCCUUUGACGAGAUCUCGCGAAAUCUGACAAGCUGCGCUACUGACACGUUGUCAUUCUUCUUCACAGCUCGCAGUCUUCUGAGCAGCAGUUGACCUCUUUCCAGAAUGAGGCUGAGCGUGAUUGUCCUGAUCGUCUUCUGUGUUGCCUGCAAUGCUACGGAGCUAGAGCAUAAGCUGCAGGAGUUUGUACAAGGACAUGUGUUGGCUGGGCUGCCUCAGCAGGAGAGGGUCCUGUUGGCGCAGCUGGUGGCUACAGCUGAAAAAAAUGAGCUGAAGGAGUUCCUGGACUUGGUGGGGCCAUUACCUCUCUUACAGCUCAUCUCAGAUCUGCCAGUUAGGCACAUCCACAACUUGACUCGUUAUCUCAGCCAGGCCCUGAUCGCAGAGGCGUCAAACAUUCCACCAGCACUGCUUCACUGGAACCCGUUGUUCGGCAUGCUUGGAAUUCACGUCAAUUGACACCGUGCCGUUAUUGACGACGACGUAUACACAACAAUCCUCUCCCCCUUAAAGUAUGUCCAUGUAUGAUUGAUUGUUGUAAACUAAACCCUUACACAAACAGAAAAUGAAAUACAUGUAUGUUCGUAUGGUCACAUAUAGCAAGAUCAGGUAAA